UUGUUCAAUCAAUUAUGGCAAUAGCUGUAAAAUUCUCUCUAUUUCCUCUCAAAUUUUCUUGCGUUUUCCUGCUAACCAAACAGUGAAAAAAAUGAACGAGGGUUUUGAUUUGCUGGAACAUUUCGAGCUCAUUUUAGAUUCUGAUCCUCUCAUUGAUGAAUUAGGGUUUAUUCAUCAAUCUCAAUUCGAUUUACUUAGCAAAGAAGCAGAGAGUAGUGAAUUUGAAUCAAAUGACGAAUCCUUGAGCCGUUUAAAUUUUUGGAACAAAGAUCAUAAAUUGGGGAUUGCAGUGCAUGUAAUUCUUCCACUUUAUAAAGCUGCCAAAGAGGCAUUUAUGAAUGCAGUUAAACAAUCUAAAGCAGUUGAAAAUUCAUCUCUUGAAGACGGAUUUUUAUCUCAUGAAAGUGAGGUUAUGAAGCAUAGCAAGGCUGUUUUAUUGUUGAGCUGUGAUUUUCUCACUGCAUGGAAUUCCAGGAAGUUAAUUUUAUCCAAGAAGCAGCAUAUCCCGAUGUUUAUUGAAGAACUUCUCUUGUCGGCUCUUGUUCUUUCUUUUUCACCAAAAAGUGAACAAGCUUGGUGCCAUAGGCGAUGGGUGAUCAAGAUGAUUGCUGGAAAAUGCUCAACAAUGCAGGAGAUUUUAGGAAAAGAAUCUGAACUUGUGGAAAAAAUAGCCGAGAGAUCAAAAAUGAACUAUCGAGCAUGGAAUCAUCGAUGCUGGCUGGUGUCUUACAUGACUAAAGAACAGGUGCUACUUGAAUUGAAGAAAUCUGGGCAUUGGGCUAGGUUGCAUGUUGCUGACAGUUCUUGCUUUCAUUAUCGCACAAGACUAAUGCUUUGGAUUCUAGAGGAAUCGUGUCACAAACAGGAAGAUGAGUCUUCCGAUCAUGAUGCUGAAAUUUAUCAUAUCUGGCAGGAAGAGCUUCAAUGGAACAAAGAAUUAAUAAAACAUUAUGUAGGAAGAGAGGCUCUGUGGCUCUACCGCCGGUUCCUUUCCCUGUGCUGGAUACGGCAUUUUGCAACUGAUCUUAGUAAUUCAAGCCGCACAUCUAAGUGCAAGACUUGCAUAGUUACUGACAUCAGUUUAUUUAUGAACAAUGAGUUAUGUCUCGUACAUUCGUGCUCAUCUAUACCUGACGACAGCUACGAAGAUUCUGAAGCACAAGCAGUACAUUCUUCUACUUACAUUUUAUGGUUAGCAAAGCAAAUCCCGGAGUCGCAAGGGAUUGAACUCAAAAAGAAGCUAAACGCUGGAAAUUGGAAGGCCGUGCUUAAUGGGGCGUGUCCUGGAAGAUCCUCACUAUGGGAUAAUUUAGCCACAGACCUUGAACCAUCGACCAAGUAAUGAGAAUAGAUGUGAAUGAUAAAAUUAGAUAUUGUUGUAUGAUUCGGGUAAUAUUAAAGGGCCGUCCCUGCUCUAGCUUGAUAAUGUACUUUCAUUUAUCAGAUUAAUGUUUCUGUACAAUAAUGUUUUGUGUAUAACGAUUUUGGCAGUGAAUCUUCAAGUUAUUAA